GUGAGAAAAUUCUCUAUGGACUUCCUUUACCGUACAACUCGCGCAUUUUCGUUUUGUCCCGCCAUAUGUUAACGCCUGCAAUUUCGCACUACGCUGUCUGACGAACGAUCAACGAAGAAGAACAGGGAGAUAAUCUAUUCAAUUUUCCCUCUUAGAUGAGAAAAUUUGUUUGAAUAAGAAUUGGGAAGUAGAUAUCUUCAAGUUUCGGAUAACGAAAUUAUGCUUCGUGCUUGGGCGAAAAGUCGGUGUUCUCAUCGUUUGAUUAAUCUUCGUCGUUUCUCAUCGUUGUCUUCAUCUUCUACUUCGCAAAAAUCAAUCGAGGGCUCGAAUAAUCUCCAGAAUUCGCAUCCAGUCUCACCCUCGGCUCCGAUUUUGCACCGCCCACAGAACAGCUUGUUGACUAGUGCAUCCCCCGCUUCUUUUUCUCGCAGUUCGAUUAUAACUGUCUCCGCUGCUGUUGUUUCUGCUUUAGUCGCUUCCAUUACUCUUCUUACCUCUGACAGUUGGUCUGAUCGCCCCCAGGAGAGUUAUAAUCCCUUGUAUGAUGGGAUUGAAGGGGCGGCCCAGAGAUCUAGCGAUUCAUUUAAGAAGAUUUUUCAUCACAUUAAACAAACCGGCGUUGCCGCCUCGGUUCUCUGGCAGUCGUUAAGGUCGGUGAUGUCGUCGGCCAAUCAUGAGGUCCGGUCCGGCUUUGAACUCCGGGUCGCGGCAUUGCUGGCUGACAUUGCUGCAGCCAAUGCCAGCCGUAGGGCGGCAAUUGUCGGGGCCGGAGGCGGUGCUGUGGUGGAUUGGUUGCUAGAGUCGGUGGCAGUUCCUCGGGAUGGAUGUGGAACUCAAGCAGAGUCGGCCAGAGCGCUGGCCUACUUGAUUGCCGAUCCUGAUGUGUCGGCUUCCGUCCUUGGUAGGCCUCGUGCUGUUCCAAAUCUUUUGAGGUUCAUCUUCUCGUGUCAGCCUCGGCGAACGAAGCAGCAUCCAAGACGUAGUUCAUUCGAUAUUUCUGAUUCUUUGAAAGGUAGGAGCAUGCUUGUGGCUGCCAUCAUGGAUAUUGUAACGUCCAAGUGUGAUAGGUUAGAGAAUCUAGCUUUUGAGCCAUCCUUGCCUGCACAUGCUGAAACUAGAGAUAUUGCAGCAGCUAUUCAAGUGAUUGAGGAAGGUGGUUUGGAAUUUGAUGAACCAAAUGGCGGCGAAGAUGAAGAUGGUGGAAGAGGAAUCAAAGGAAUAGGAAUUAAGAUUCUUGGAGGCACUACUGUUUUGGGGCUUUCGAGAAUAAGUGGGUCUGUGAUGUUGGCAUAUUCCAAUGUUGGUCAUGUAGAACUGGAAAAAAAUACACCUAAAAGUUCAGUAUCAGAGAAGCAUGAUACCUCUCUCGUUGCUAAUUCAUCUGUUGUUCCUGGUCUGUGGGAUGAUUUGCAUUGUGAGCAUGUUGCUGUACCUUUUGCAGCAUGGGCGUUGGCAAAUUGGUCAAUGGCAUCAGAACUGAACAGAUUGCACAUCCAUGAACUAGAUCAAGAUGGACAUGCUGUCAUGACUGCUUUAAUGGCACCUGAAAGGUCAGUGAAAUGGCAUGGAAGUUUGGUAGCUAGGCUUUUACUAGAGGACCGUAAUCUUCCCUUGAAUGAUUCUGUUUCUGAUUGGAGCUCAAGCCUUCUUUCUACUGUUUCUCAUGCAAGUAAAAAUGAUGACAUCCCUUUGGCUCAGGCUGCUUUGUCUGCAUUUUUGGCUUCCGUUGAACGGUUCCCUGGGGCACAAAAGAAGAUAAUGGAAAGGGGUCUGCAUCUAAUGAGAGACGCUGCUAUACGGACCCAAAAACAUGGAGAAGUUCAAGAGGCAUUAGCAAAGGCAUUAGAGUUACUCAGCACUGGAUGGAUGCAUCUAUCAGCUGAAGAGAGUCAGAGAUGGUCUGCUAUACUACUUCAAUGGGUCUUUGGCAAAUAUUCCUCUGAAUCUUUGAGGUCUUCUGCGACUAAAAUUUUAUCUUGCAUUCUUGAAGACUACGGACCAAGCUCCAUACCUAUUUCUCAAGGAUGGUUGGCCAUACUGCUGACUGAAAUACUACGUUCUACUAAAAAGUCUGCAGUGAAUGGAGUUACUCAGCUUAAAAACGACAAAGUGAAGACUAAGAUUGAGCAGUCAAACAUUGUUUUUGCCAGUCAAGUUGCUAGUCAGCUAGCAAGUGCAGUUGUUAACCUGGCGGUACAUCAGUUUGGUGCAACUACUGACUCAUUAGAUAUCUCUCCGUUGGCAGAUUUACUUUCACGUGAACCUUUUGUUGCACUGUUAAAGAAUAUAAAAAAAGAGAAUAGUCCAAAGUUUGAUGCAGCAGAUUCUGCAAUGGCAACGUUAAAGGGGAUUAAAGCCCUGACCGAAGUUUGUGCAGAUGAUUCUUCAUGUCAGAGCAGAAUAGCUGAUUUCGGCGUUCUCUUUUUGCUGAGACGCCUUUUGUUAUGUGAUGAUUAUGAGAAGCUGGCAGCCAUGGAAGCAUAUGAUGCAUCUAGAGCUCUUGAGACUCAAGAACGUGUUUCAAAUGCCUCCGGGGAACCAUCACUUUCCGAGAAGAAGAAUGACUCGUCUAGUGUCCGAGUACCCCCCACAGCUCACAUCCGUAGACAUGCUGCACGGCUUUUAACCAUCCUUUCUCUUCUAGAGAAAGUUCAAAAGGAGAUUCUCUCUGAUGAAGAAUUUUGUACAUGGCUUGAGGACUGUGCCAAUGGGGCCAUUCCCGGUUGCCAUGAUGCUAAAUUGCAAAGUUAUGCUAGAGCCACACUGUUAAAUAUAUUUUGUGUUAACCGUAGAGCUUCUGUAAAUGGUUCUUUCUCUAAUUCUGAGUCUGCUGAGUCUACAAACAGGAAAAAGAAUUGCCCCCAUUAUGAUGAUAUGGUUUUUUUAAUAAAUCCCGAACUGCCUCACUGGAAGGUUCAUGAAGAAAAGAAGCAGGACACUGUUCAAAAGGAUGAAUCUUCUCUUUCGCAGGCUAAUUUCAUUGAUAUUGAUGGUGUAGCUGUGGCACGGCAUGGAAAUGAUAACAACACCUCUUCAUCUCAUAUGUCUCAGAAUGAUUCUAGGCCAGACUCUCCUUUGGUUGAUGUUGUUUUUAUUCAUGGCCUCCGAGGUGGACCUUAUAAGUCAUGGCGCAUAUCUGAGGACAAAUCCUCAACAAAAUCUGGACUGGUAGAGAAGAUUGAUCAGGAGGCAGGGAAACUAGGGACGUUUUGGCCAGGUGAAUGGCUUUCAUCUGACUUCCCAAGGGCUCGUAUGUUUACCCUUAAAUACAAGACAAAUCUCACCCAGUGGUCUGGGGCUAGCCUUCCUCUUCAGGAAGUCAGCUCCAUGCUACUGGAUAAGCUUCUUGCUGCUGGAAUUGGUGAACGGCCUGUUGUAUUUGUUACUCACAGCAUGGGAGGCCUGGUUGUCAAGCAAAUGUUGUAUAAAGCCAAGACAGAAAAUAUUGAUAACCUUGUGAAGAAUACUGUGGGAGUUGUCUUCUAUAGCUGCCCACAUUUUGGCAGCAAACUAGCAGACAUGCCUUGGCGAAUGGGUCUUGUAUUCCGUCCUGCUCCUACCAUAGGAGAGCUGAGAAGUGGGUCUCCUAGAUUGGUGGAGCUGAAUGAUUUUCUCCGCCACCUCCAUAAGAAAGGACUGCUCGAGGUCCUUAGUUUCUGUGAGACGAAGGUGACCCCAAUUGUUGAAGGUUAUGGAGGAUGGGCUUUCCGAAUGGAAAUUGUUCCUAUUGAAUCCGCAUAUCCUGGCUUUGGCGAACUAGUUGUGCUAGAAUCAACGGAUCACAUAAAUUCGUGUAAGCCCCUCAGCCGCACUGACCCUUCAUACACUGAGACAUUGGAGUUUUUGCAGAAGUUGAAAUCUCGCUAUUCUUAGGAAACCACUUCCCACCAUUUUUGUAGUGCCCAUUUAUUUUUGUAUAUAUAGUCAAUAGAGGAUGGCUGGCACAAGGUUCUGAUAUAUUAGACAUUCUUUUUCCGCCAAAAUUCAAGUGGCAUCGUCAACAAUCUGAAUGCUAACAUAGCAUAGAAGAUACAGGCAUCAGCUUACAUAUUUGUCCUCUUUUCAAAAUUUAUUUUUAAUUUGUAUUUUUCCCCUUUUCUUGUAACAUUGUGUUGAUAUAAGUACAAGGUUAGGGGGAGAAAGGGAUAUUAUAUUGUACAUACGUACCCAACAGAUGGUGUAAAAUUUCUUUUUAGUAUAGAAUUACAAUUACUACAAUUUAAACAGAGGAAA